AUGGCUUCCAUGAAGGAUAGUUAUGAAAGUUACCAAUUCUAUAAAGUAUAUCAGUCUGUGUUUGGGAUAGGGUUUCAUUGGGUUUAUUUUAGGCGGGCUUCUGGAUGGAUCCCUUACAAACUUUGUUUUGACCUGAAAUGGCCAGAAAAGAAUGAAGAAUGGCUCUCAUCCCCGAAGGAUGAUGUUGAUUUCCUGGGUGUUAUCCUGGAGUUGUGCACUUGGUUUUUAUCUUCAAAAUUGAUUCUUUAUUAUGUAAAUUGUAAAAUUAUGUUGGUAUAUGCAGCUGAGGUGGAUGUUCUUCCAAUCCUAAAUGAAGAAAUUACAUCAUCUGUACCAUACACAGGAAAGUUCAGUAACCCACGCACUGGAGACAUAUGGAUUGGUGUGACUCGUGCGGAUGGUGCAAAGUGUGAGAGGUGUUGGAAUUACACCCAAGACGUUGGAUCUUUCCAUGACCAUCCUACUCUUUGCGGUCGGUGUUAUGGUGUCAUUGAUUUGCAGCCACAACCUGCUGCCGCAGCUGUCAGUUGA